AUAAGUAAAUAAAUAAAUGUGGAAAUAUAAAGAGAAAUAAGUAAAUAAACAAGUAAAUAAAUAAAUGUGGAAAUAUAAAGAGAAAUAGGUAAAUAAAUAAAUAAAUGAAUGUGGAAAUAUAAAGAGAAAUGAAUAAAUAAAUGAAAGGAAAAACAGAAAAGGUAAAAGCAAAGCUAAAUUUUCCUUUUUUUAUUUUUUUAUUUAUUUCUCUUAAUAUUUCCACAUUCAUUUAUUUAUUUAUACUUUGAUGUGGCACUCCUGUGACUCCAUAGUGUUUAUUUGACUGUUUUCACAAAUAAUUAGCGGUUAUUCUGAUAUUUGUUUGAUAUCUUCCCCCCUCUUUGUUUAAUGCACUCACUUUUCUACUUUUUAGAAUUCAUAAUACAUCAAUAAUCCAUAUUUUUUCUGUACCAUCUUGCUGGAAACAAUAAAAUCAUGUGAGUGAAAAACAACCGAGUUGGUUUUUGGAGGCUGCGGAGCAAAAAUAGAAACAAACGGACCGAGUUUCUGCGGUGAACUUGAGCUCAUUCCUUACAAAUAAUGGCCUGAUUAUUUAUUGCUCACCUAAUUAAAAUGCCCUCCCUAAUCUCCAGGCUUAUUUAUUUUGAAACAAAAGAAUACCAGCAGGAUUUAAGCCUCUUAAAAGUCUGGAUUACAGAUUUACAGACCGGAUCCAGGUUGAGACACUUCAGAGUGACGUCACUGCUCGUUUUAUUCUCCGUAUGAACAACAAAAGUCAACCUCACAGCAAAUGAAUGAAUAUAUAUACAAUCUGAACAUAAUAAAACUGAACUCCAUGUUUCCUGGAGGUGAUUUCUGAAAAAAACAAAAGCUCCUUCUUUUUCCAUUUUAAUCCGUUUUCUUCCUGCUUCUUGUGUUUAAUUCUGUUAUUUUUCAGAUUAACGUUUUUCCUGUGUGGGUGAUUGGACUCAGCUUCGUCCAAUCGCUGGCUCCCCACUGAUUUCUGACCAAUCAGAGGCCUCGCUGCUAACAAACUUCAUCUGGACUUUUUUCUCUCAGCGGCUGCUUCAGUCUCAGCAGCAACAUGGCUCCUCUGUCCAUCCAGUCUGGGGUGAAAUACGCCAAAACGCUGCUGCCCGAGACUCUGAUGAGAUCCGUGUCGUCGGUCCAGACCACCAUCUCUCGUCACAUCCUGCCGUCGGCUCACUCUCGAUGUUUUAAGGUCUGCAGCUCCAGCCGGAGGCGGCGCCGAGUUCUGGCGGCGGCGUCCCUGGACGAGCUGCUCGAGCAGGCGGCGAGAGUCUUCAUGCUGUCCUGCCACUUCCUGACUCUGGUCCUGGAGGAGGACGGGACGGCGGUGGACUCGGAGGAAUUCUUCCAGUCGCUGCCCAACAACACGCCGCUGAUGGUGCUGGAGAAGGGCGAGGUGUGGACACAGAACAAGGUCUUUCCCAGCUUCCGUCAGCCGAAGAGGUUUGGACUCGCCAAGCUGAGCUUUGAGCUCUACAAGCUGCACCCAAAGGACUUCCUGUGCUGCCUCGCCAUCAAGGCCACCCUGUACGAGAUGUACACGCUGAGCUACGACUUCAGGUGCAGCCGCAUCAAACACAUCCUCAAGUCGGUGCUGCGCUGCAUCACCUUUGUGACCAGACUGAGCGGACAGCUGCUGCUCUGCACGUCUUCGUCUUUGCUGCAGUUCACCGGCGACGACGACAGCUAGAUUGUGUCUGUUGUGUGGAUUUAUAACAGCAGUUUGUGAGUCUGUGCAGCUACAAACUGACUGAUCUUUGUGUUUCUGUGUUUGAUGCUGAGAUGCAAACAGCAGAGGAAAGCUUUUCCAUUACUGUUUUUGUCUGGAUGUUUCAGUUUCGAUUUGAGGAUUUCUACUUAAAAGCCGACAUGAUGAAGUAGUGAGCUUUGGGUUUGAUUAAAAUGUGAUCGCAAAUAGUUACAUAAAUAAUAAUUGCAUAAAUAAAGAUGAGUUUUGUAAAGCUGUUCUCACUU